UUGCAACUGCCACGAACUUGCUCGCUUUGCUUUCUCCGUCCCAUUUUGCACUUUUCGUUUUCCCUACUCCAAACUCUCUCUCCCUUUGUCCAUGGCUUCGAUCACAGCUUCAUCACUCUCUCUGCGAACUGCACCUCCUCAUUGCCGCCAAAUCGCUGGAACAUCCAAGCUUUCAGGUUCAAGGAUGGUUUCGUUUUCUUACCAAGGGAGAAACAAUUUCUCUUCUAGAAGAUUACAGUCGCUUCGAAUUUCAUGUGCUGCCAAGCCAGAGACAGUUGAAAAGGUUAGCAGAAUAGUGAAAAAGCAAUUGGCAUUGCCAGAUGAUUCCACUGUUAAUGGCGAGUCCAAAUUUUCAACGCUUGGAGCUGAUUCUCUUGACACGGUUGAGAUUGUGAUGGGACUUGAGGAAGAGUUUGGGAUAAGCGUGGAAGAGGAGAGCGCACAAAGCAUCACAACCGUUCAAGAGGCUGCAGAUCUGAUCGAGGAUCUCAUCCUAAAAAAAGGUGCUUAAAAAUAUUUCAUCCCACUGCCUUCCUUCAAGAGGGGAGAGGGUGAGCCAAACACAAGUCUCCCUUUUACCAUUUUGCCCUUCUGUUAGUUUCUUUUAAUCGAGUGUCCAUGUCAUCUUGAUUUGAAACAGUCUGUAGUCUUCGAUCUUUCUUUCAUUCUCUCUCUAAUCCGCUAAUCAGUGUAUUAGGUCUUAAAAUAAUGAUAUGAGACUUUUUAUUUCCUA